AUGGAUCUGCCUACAGUAAGCAGCGUGGAGGGCAGCGUUGACAGCCGACAGCAGCAGCAGCAGCAACAGCAGCAGCAGCAGCAGCAACCGCAGCAGCAGGCGUUGGUGUCUAUGGAAUGCGAUUCUCCAGCUCUUUCUGCUGGGGGUUGGGAUCUAGCGCUACCGCAGCAGCAGCAGCAGCCAAGUAGCAGCAUCUCUCAGCCAGCGCAUGCAUCAGCAUUUCCCUGUUCUAUUGCUUCUCUCUUUGAAGAUGUAACUCAGACGCAGCAGCAGCAGACUGACCAAGGCAAUCAGCAGCAGCAACAGCCACAACAGCAACAGCAACAGCAACAACAGCAGCAGGAACCUACAGCUGCUGCUGCUGCUGCUGCUGCUGGUCGUUUUUUCUUAGAAUAUAUUGUCUUAGAGAACUUUAAGUCUUAUAAAGGAAGACAUGUUGUUGGGCCCCUACAGAGCAGUGUUGCCAUCAUAGGGGCAAAUGGAUCAGGGAAGAGUAACAUAGCGGAUGCGAUUUGCUUCGGUCUUGGAGUGAAUGGACGAAGUCUUAGAAGUAAUGCAUUAAUGGAUCUAAGGCAUGCAGCAGCAGAAGAAGAUAAUUCAUCCCUCACUGCGGUGUCUCUACACUUCCGUCGUCGUGCUGCUGCUGGAUCAGAGGGAGAAAUGCUCGUGCUGCGGCGGCAGAUCAGCAGCAGCAGCAGCAGCUGUACGUACACCGUAGAUGGUAAAAGAGUUACAUUAGAAGAAUAUCUGCGAGUCCUUAAUGACAAGUUGUCUCUUGCGCCCCACACUAUGGCUGCCUCCUUGCUGCUGCAGGGAGAUUCAUCUGUAACGGCUGCCGCUCGAUCUCCUUUAGAACUCACGCGGCUCAUAGAGCGCGUCGGCAGCAGCGAGGAAUGGGCAGAACAGUUCUCUGCUGCAGCAGCAGAAGCAGCAGCGCUGCAAUCAGAAGCACGGCAAACAUUUAGCAGCAAGCAGCAACUGCUUGCUGCCUUACGAGUGCUUAGAGCGCAGCAGCGAGAGGUUAAAACCUUCAAAGAGAUGCAGCAGCAAUAUGAAACCCUGCAAGUGCAGGGUUUUGUGUUUCAAUUGUUUGCUGCUGAAUGCCAGCAGCAGAAGCAGCAGCAGCGAGCACAAGAAGAAACGCAGCGAGCUGAGCACCUGCUGCAGCAGCUGCAGCAGCAACUGCAGCAAGCUGAGGAAGCAGACGCAAAACGUAUUUCUAUUUCUUUACAACUUGAACAAAAGAAAACACUAGCAGAAAAAACCGCCAUGAAGACCAGCAUGCUGCGCAACGGGCUGACAGAGUGUUUGGAGCGGCUGCGGUUUGCUGAGCAGCAGCAGCAGCAGCAGCAGCAGAAGCUGCAGCAAAAGGAAGAAGAGUGCCGCGCCCUAAAAGCGCUUGAAGACGAACUUUCUUCCGAGGUAAUUCGCCUCUGUGAUGAGCAGCAGCACAUAAAAACUGCUGCUGAGGAAAGAGAGAAGCUGCUGCAGCGGAAGCUUUCUAAGGAGCAGCAGCAGCUGCUGCUGCAGCUGCAGCAGCAAACCGAUAGCAGAAUGGCAGAUAUUAAGCAGCAAAUAUCACGAAAGCAGCCGCUGCUGCAGCAAGCUACAAGGUCUUUAGAUGUCUUGGAGAGAGAAUGCCUUGAGCUGGAGCGGCGUGUUACUUGUCUGCGGGAGUUGGCGGAGGAGGCAAAACAGAAGCAGACAGCAGCAGCAGAGACACUGCAGCAGCUGCUUAGUGAGGCUGCAGGAGUUAAAGAAUCCUUGAAGGAGGCUACAGAAACCGCUCAUGCUAGCUCUAGCCGUCGUGAGGAGCUGCAGCAGCUGCAUGUAGAGCUGCAGCAGCAGCUAUCCAUGGCAGUGAUUCAAUAUUUAAGAGACAACAGUUCAUCUGCUGUAGACAUAUUGCCUCUGGAUAGGUUACGUGAUCAGCAGCGUCGUAGCAGCAGCAGCAGCAGCAGCAGCAGCAGCAGCAACGAGCAGCAGCAGCAGCACGAUAUCCAUACAGAAGGAAGCAGAUUUCUUCCUCCUCCUGCUGCUGAUGAUCUUCCUCCUCAUUGCCGUUGGGCUGUUGAUUGUGUUGACUUUAAAUCCCAUCUUAGACCUGUUGCUGAGUUUGUCUUAUCUGAUUGUAUAGUUGUUCCUUCUCUUCUUGUUGCUCAACAACUUCGCUCUUCUCUUCCUCGUUAUAGAUUUGUAUCCUUAGAGGGGGAGAGGUUGCUGCAUAGUGGUGUAUUCUCUAUAGAUGCAGGACCUGGUGCUGCAGCAGCAGCAGCAGCAGCAGCAGAUGCAGCAGCAGCAGCAGCUGGACGCAUGCAUGCAAUGCAGCAUACAGAAUUGCUGCAAAGAGCGGAGGAAGUUGCAGCAGAAUUACAUAAAAUUGAUGCACUCGAAAGCGGCAGCACAGAGUUUGUGGGGAGGAAGCAGCAGCAGCUGGAUCGUCUGCAUCGGCUGGCGCUGCAGCAGCAAACGAAGCAGAAGGCAUGGGAGCAGCAGCAGGAGCAUCAGCAGCAGCAACUGCAGCAGCUACUGCAGCAGCAUGAGCAGCUGCAGCAGCGCUGCAAGCAGCAACGGAAGGUUGCGGCAUCCUUGUCACAAGAAGUAGAAAAUCUACAAGAAGCCUCUGCUGACGCACAAGCAGCAGCAAUGGUUGGUCUUAGUACGGAGUUGAAGUUGCCGCAAGGGGAGCUGCGUGAUCUGCUGCUGCAGCAGCAGCAACAGCAGCAGCAGCAGAGCACAGCAGCAAAAUUGCAUAUGCAGCAGCUGCGGCUAGAGGCAGAGCUGAAGGAUUGCCGCAGCCGCCUCGAGGCUGCUGUAGCAGCAGCAGACGCAGCACGAGCAGCACACAAGCAGCAGCAGCAAGAGCAGCAAGCGGUGCAGCAGCUAGCUACCUAUGAGAGGCAGCUAGCUGAGGCAGAGCAGCAGCAGGAGGAACGCAUGCAGCAGCUGCAGCAGCAGCAAUCGCUGCUGCAGCAAGUAGAGAAAGAAUUGCAGCAACGAAGAAAGGAAUCUGAUCGCUUGCUGCGCGAGAAGGCUGAUGCUGCUGCUGCUGCUGCUGCUGCACGGCAACAGCAACAGCAGCAGCAGCAGCACGUGCUGCAUCUACUUAGACAGGCAGAUGCUAUUGGCCUGCAGCUGCCUCUUGAGAGAGGCACGUGGAAGGAUGUGCAGCAGUUCAUCAAUGACGCGGAUCGCCAGCAGCAGCAGCAACAGCAGCAGCAACAGCAGCAGCAACAGCAGCAGCAGCAGCAGCACGAGUUACAGUUAAUGCGUUGCUUCUCCUUUGACUGGCAGGCAUUGCCUUCUGAUAAACGGGCUCAGCAGCAACUGCAGCAGCAGCUGCAGCAGCUGAAUCCUAAUUUUAAGGUGGAGCAGAAAUUGGAGGAGAUGGAGUGUCAAUUACAGCAGCAGGAGGAUCUGCAGCAGCAGCAGCAGCAAGCAGCAGCAGCAGCAGAAACAAAACUUAAGACAUUAAGAACAAGACGCAGGGAUGCAUUUAUGCGUUGCUUCCUUCAUUGCCAAAAUGUUCUUAGUCUUAUCUUUGCUCAUUUAUCAGCAGGAGGGCCCCUACAGGAGCAGCAGCAGGACCAGCAGCAGCAGCAGCAGCAGCAGCAGCAGCAGAAUGGGGUGACAUCCGAUAUGCUUAUGCUUGAAGAUAACCUCCAAGACCCUUGGCAGCAGCAGCAGCAGCAGCAGCAGCAGCAAUAUGAGGCAGGGGGAGCACAAGCAUUCUUAGACUUUCAGAGUUCUGCUGCAUUUGCAAGAGAAGAAGAACCAUUUAAUUGGUUUAUGCAAUUUCAACAACUUAGCGGAGGAGAGCAACACGUCGCGGGUUUAUCUCUUGCUCUUGCCUUAUCUUCUUUUAAUCCCAAAGUACCAUUUUUAUUAUUGGAUGAAAUAGAUGCACAUUUAGAUAAAACAAGAUUAAGUCGUCUUGCUGCUCUAUUAAAGGAAAUAUCCGGAGAUAAUAAGAUACAAUGUAUAUUUAUUACCCAUAAAGAAAGGUAA